GCAUCAAACUCUCCAAUGGAGACCCUCAAACACUUCGGCAUCGGCUUCUCCACUCCCCGCCUCCUCCCUUUCCGCCACCACCGGAAACCCCAAAAGCUCCCUCCCACUAUCUGCUUCGCCAGCAAAUGGGCCGAGCGCCUCCUCGCCGACUUCCAAUUCCUCGGCGACUCCUCCUCCUCCUCCUCAGACCACCAUUCCCUCUCCUCCGCCACCUCCACUCUCGCUCCUCCCCACUUGCCUCCCGCAAUUUCUUCCCCUGAGCGCCACGUGUCCAUCCCCAUCGAUUUCUACCAGGUGCUGGGCGCCCAACAGCAUUUCCUUGGGGACGGUAUAAGGAGGGCGUACGAGGCUAGGGCUUCCAAGCCGCCUCAGUACGGCUUCACCCAGGAGGCGCUGUUCAGCCGGAGGCAGAUCCUUCUAGCCGCUUGCGAAACCCUAGCCGACCCCGCCUCCAGAAGAGAGUACAACCAGAGCCUUUCCGAAGACGAAGAUGGAACCAUCAUCACUCAAGUUCCUUGGGAUAAGGUUCCUGGAGCUCUGUGCGUGCUGCAAGAAGCUGGGAAGACUGAGCUGGUUCUUCAAAUUGGGGAGAGUUUGCUAAGAGAGAGGCUGCCCAAGUCGUUCAAGCAAGAUGUCGUUUUGGUCAUGGCACUUGCUUACGUUGACAUGUCAAGGGAUGCAAUGGAAUUGUCCCCGCCUGAUUUUAUUCGGGGUUGUGAAGUGCUUGAGAGGGCUUUGAAACUCUUGCAGGAGGAAGGUGCGAGUAGCCUUGCACCUGAUCUUCAAUCGCAAAUUGACGAGACACUGGAAGAGAUCACCCCACGUUGCAUUUUGGAACUUCUAGCUUUACCCCUUGGGGAUGAGUACCAAUCAAGAAGGGAAGAGGGCCUCCAUGGUGUGCGCAACAUACUGUGGUCUGUUGGAGGUGGGGGAGCAGUUGCAAUUGCUGGAGGUUUCACUCGUGAAAAUUUCAUGAACGAGGCCUUCUUACAUAUGACUGCAACGGAGCAGGUUGAUUUAUUUGUUGCAACCCCAAGUAAUAUCCCAGCGGAAAGCUUCGAAGUUUAUGGAGUGGCACUUGCGCUUAUUGCUCAAGCCUUUGUUGGUAAGAAGCCUCAUCACAUUCAAGAUGCUGAUAACCUAUUCCAGAAACUUCAGCAAUCCAAAGUAACAGCUGUAGGACAUACUGUCGAAACCUAUAGUGAGGUAGACUUUGCUUUGGAGAGGGGUCUCUGUUCACUUCUUAUCGGGGAUCUUGAUGAGUGUCGCUCAUGGUUGGGCCUAGACAAUGAUAAUUCACCAUAUAGAAAUCCAUCUGUUGUAGAAUUUGUCUUGGAGAACUCAAAGGCCGAAGAUGAAAAUGAUCUUCCUGGACUUUGUAAGCUAUUGGAGACAUGGUUGAUGGAGGUGGUAUUCCCCAGAUUUAGAGACACCAAAGAUAUAGAGUUCAGACUUGGAGAUUACUAUGACGAUCCUACAGUCUUGAGAUACCUAGAGAGGCUGGACGGAACUAAUGGUUCGCCCUUAGCUGCUGCUGCUGCCAUUGUGAAUAUUGGAGCUGAGGCUACCGCAGUUCUUGGUAAUUUUAAGGCAAGUGCCAUUCAGGCAUUGCAGAAGGUGUUUCCUCCGGGUCACAGGGAUGAGAAUCUUACACCUCAAGAAGAUAAUGAAAUGAAUUAUGCGUUUCUUCCUGUGGAAAAUGGAGAGCCUCUGGAAGAAUCUGAUGGAGAUGAAUCUGUCCAUGUGCCUGAGGUUUCUGGAAGAAAUGGUUCUGUUGGAAUACGUGAAGAAGAAUUGAUGACUGACAAAAUCAAAGACGCAACUGUUAAGAUUAUGUGUGCUGGUGUGGUAAUUGGACUGACAACGUUGAUUGGAUUGAGGUAUUUACCCGCUAGGAGGGGCUCGUCCAACCUGCAUAAAGAACUUAGCACAGCGACUGCAUCUGAUGUCACGAGUGCAGGGCUACCAGGAGAUGAAAAAUCUGCAGAGGAAAUACCAAAAAUGGAUGCAAGAAUAGCUGAAGGUCUUGUUCGCAAAUGGCAGAACAUAAAAUCUCAGGCUUUCGGGCCUAAUCAUUCUCUGGAAAAAUUAUCUGAGGUUUUGGAUGGUGAGAUGUUGAAGAUAUGGACAGAUCGCGCAACCGAGAUCGCACAGCUUAAUUGGUCCUAUGACUACACCCUGUUGAACUUGAGCAUCGACAGUGUGACUGUAUCGCUGGACGGGCAGCGUGCUGUGGUGGAAGCAACUCUUGAAGAGAUGGCCCAGUUAACCGAUGUGCUCCAUCCGGAGCACAAUGACUCAAACAGAAGAACGUAUACCACGAGAUACGAGAUGUCUUGUUCGAGUUCUGGAUGGAAGAUCAUUGAAGGAGCUGUCCUCCAAUCAUAAAAGAACGUUGUAAAGUACAAUGACGCGGGUGUAAAUGCUGUCUUGUUUUUCUAUUUAAGUUUAUUCCUUGUAAUCUCGUAGUAUCUCAGAUCUUUUGUCCCAAUCAAAUGUGUUAUUUCGUUGAAGUUUUACGCUCUCUGGGUGCGAUUGGCAAGAGGAGAGCGUAUAAAUAAAGAAUAGAGGAAUAAGUUCACUGUUAAAA